UUUUUAACUGUGUUGCGAAAGCAUGAUAGCCACCUAUGAUUAGUAUUGUCGUAAUUCGAGUAUUGAUUACAGUACCGUUACGGUAGCUAUUAGUUAAACCUUCAUCGUGUACCAUGGAGAACGACAAUCAAAAAUCGGCAUGGACGAUAGAAAAGGGCACAAUGACUAUGUUUAUAGCCGAGGUGAUAGGUACUGGGAUUCUUCUGUUCAUUGGUUGUAUGGGUUCUAUUGGAACAAUGGGACCGAUAUUACCGCCACCAUUACAAACGUCCAUGGCGUUUGGUAUGACUGUCAAUCUUCUGAUUAUGAUGUUGGGACACAUAAGUGGUGCACAUUUAAAUCCCGCUGUCACGAUAGGAGCGGUUAUUCUAGGAAUUAAAACUAUCCCUACAGGAAUCCUUUAUGCAAUCGCGCAAUUCAUUGGAGCAACUAUUGGAUAUGGACUAUUAAUGACGAUAACUCCAUCCGAAUUGCUCAACGAUGGACGUUCAAACGUGACAAUUGGACAUUGCGUAACCGUUGUGCAUCCUGGAAUCAGUAUCACGCAGGCUAUUAUAGUCGAAAUUCUUUGCACAUCCUUUAUACUUUGCGCAGCAUGCGCCACUUGGGAUCCAAGAUGCGCCCAUACCACAGAUUCUACAGCAAUCAGAUUCGGUUUCUCUGUUGUUGGAGUUUCACUUGCAGCAAGUCCUUAUACCGGCUGUAGUAUGAAUCCUGCGCGUACUUUCGGCCCAGCUUUUUGGAACGGGAAUUGGACGAAUCAAUGGAUUUACUGGUUCGGGCCGUGUGCUGGAGCUUUUCUUGGAACAUAUAUUUAUGUAUAUCUUUUUGCGGAGAAGAAAGAGAACAGAAAUGAAUGUCUCGAAUUUAUAGAAUUAAAAGCAAUUAAUGAUGACGCAAAUUAUAGUGAAAAAAUCAAUAAAAAAGAGGAAAAUCUCGAAGAAAAUUUAGGAUAAAUAGAGAAGCUGUUUAAUGAUCGUUAAGGUAUGAUAAUACAUUAUCGAUAGUCAA